AUGGAUCUCGCCCAGACACUCGUACGCUCUGUCAUGAGAUCCUUUUAUGACACAAAGCAUAUUCUGGUCAUUGAUGCAUUGAUUAUUCACUCAGCCUUGCGAGAUGACGAUAUGGCCUUUCUGAUGGGUAUGAACACCAAAGAGCUUCACAAGCUGUGCGGAAAGCUCAGGGAAGACAGGUUCUUGGCAGUACAUACCCGAUCUGAGACGAAAGAGGGCCAACAGCGUCCCAUAAACAGGACCUAUUACUAUAUCGAUUAUCGCGCCACAGUCGAUGCAAUCAAGUGGCGGGUAUAUCGUAUCGACAAAAAUGUUCAAGGCAAUACUAUUACGAAGGAAGAGAGGAAGGAAUACGUCUGUCCACGUUGCCAGUCUGAAUGGACACAAUUGGAGGUUUUGGACAAGAUCGACUACAAGCUGGGUUUCUUGUGCCAUAAGUGCAGUUACCCACUUGUUCCAAAUGAGCACGGAGACAGUGGUGGCCAUGAGCAAUCUACAAGACUCAAUGCUCAAUUCAGGUUUAUCACAGACCUACUUCCGAAAAUUGAUCAAGUGGUUAUUCCGGAUAGCACCUUCGAGGUCGCCUACGCAGCUGCACGACCAGUCAUUCGAGAUGCCUUGCUCAAUCCUGCAAAUGAAACAGUCCCUGUCGACUCGCUAUCAAAUAGGCCCACGGCAGUCAAAGGCCUCACAAAUACCGGUCCAACAAGCAUUGCAGUCACAGUUACAGCCUCUGAAGGGCCGACAGAGGCAGACAAGGCUGCUGAGCAAGCGCGCAGAGAAGCGUAUUUGGCGCAAAAUGUGCUUCCCGCUCAUUUCACACACAGUACUGUGACUGGUGAACAGAUUAUCCCUACCUCACAAUCGGCCAUGAAGUCAGAGGUUCUGGAAGAAAGCAAGGAAAAGAAAGAUAUUAUCACCACGCCGUCAUUUUCGGGUGAUGGAGCUGCGAUUGAUGACUACUUCGCACAACUUAAAGCCGAACAGGCUCGAGAAGCAGAAAAGGAGGCAGAAGAUGAGUUCGAGACGGAUGAGGACGAAGAUGAGGAUGAGGAUCUGGGUUUCGAGGACAUAGUGCCAGCUACCGGAUCUGGAGUUGGCACACCCAGCAGCGCCGUUUCUGAUUCCAAACCGCACGCUGGCGGUCUUGCCAGCGCGCUAAGGAAGUCCAAAGCGGGCACAGGCAGUCCCAGUGGAGGAACAAGCACAGGCGUGGGUAGCCCUGCGACAGGACCAGGAACUCCUGAAAGCGGGAGAGCAUCGAAGAAAGUAAGGAUCGAAGAGCCGACUGCGGCAGAGGAGGUUGAAAGUGAGGAGGAUGUUGAAUUUGAAGAUGUUUGA